AUGGGCCAAGGGGACGAAAGCGAGCGCAUCGUGAUCAACGUGGGCGGCACGCGCCACCAGACGUACCGCUCGACGCUGCGCACGCUGCCCGGCACGAGGCUUGCCUGGCUGGCGGAGCCGGACGCCCACAGCCACUUCGACUAUGACCCGCGCGCCGACGAAUUCUUUUUCGACCGCCACCCGGGCGUCUUCGCUCACAUCCUGAACUAUUACCGCACCGGCAAGCUACACUGCCCGGCCGACGUGUGCGGUCCGCUCUACGAGGAGGAGCUGGCCUUCUGGGGCAUCGACGAGACGGACGUGGAGCCCUGCUGCUGGAUGACGUACCGCCAGCACCGCGACGCCGAGGAGGCACUGGACAGCUUUGGUGGCGCGCCCCUGGACAACAGCGCGGACGACGCGGAUGCCGACGGCCCUGGCGACUCAGGCGACGGCGAGGACGAGCUGGAGAUGACCAAGAGACUGGCACUCAGUGACUCCCCAGAUGGCCGGCCUGGCGGCUUCUGGCGCCGCUGGCAGCCGCGCAUCUGGGCGCUGUUCGAGGACCCCUACUCAUCCCGCUAUGCGCGGUAUGUGGCCUUUGCCUCCCUCUUCUUCAUCCUGGUCUCCAUCACAACCUUCUGUCUGGAGACCCACGAGCGCUUCAACCCCAUCGUGAACAAGACGGAAAUCGAAAAUGUUCAAAACGGCACACAAGUGCGAUACUACCGGGAAGCGGAGACGGAGGCCUUCCUCACCUACAUCGAGGGCGUCUGCGUGGUCUGGUUCACCUUCGAGUUCCUCAUGCGCGUCAUCUUCUGCCCCAACAAGGUGGAGUUCAUCAAGAACUCACUCAACAUCAUUGACUUUGUGGCUAUCCUCCCCUUCUACCUGGAGGUGGGGCUCAGCGGCCUGUCCUCUAAAGCUGCCAAGGACGUUCUGGGCUUCUUGCGUGUCGUCCGCUUCGUGCGCAUCCUGCGCAUCUUCAAGUUGACCCGCCACUUUGUGGGCCUGCGGGUCCUGGGCCACACGCUCCGCGCCAGCACCAACGAGUUCCUGCUGCUCAUCAUCUUCCUGGCCCUGGGUGUGCUCAUCUUUGCCACCAUGAUCUACUAUGCUGAGAGGAUAGGGGCGCAGCCCAAUGACCCCAGUGCCAGCGAGCACACACACUUUAAAAAUAUUCCCAUUGGCUUCUGGUGGGCUGUGGUCACCAUGACGACACUGGGCUAUGGAGACAUGUAUCCUCAGACGUGGUCUGGUAUGUUGGUGGGAGCACUGUGUGCUCUGGCAGGAGUGCUGACCAUUGCCAUGCCGGUGCCCGUUAUCGUGAACAAUUUCGGGAUGUACUACUCUUUAGCCAUGGCUAAGCAGAAACUACCAAAGAAAAAAAAGAAGCAUAUUCCACGGCCACCACAGCUGGGAUCUCCCAAUUAUUGUAAAUCUGUCGUAAACUCUCCUCACCACAGUACUCAGAGUGACACAUGUCCGCUGGCCCAGGAAGAAAUUUUAGAAAUUAACAGAGCAGAUUCCAAACUGAAUGGGGAGGUGGCGAAGGCCGCGCUGGCGAACGAAGACUGCCCCCACAUAGACCAGGCCCUCACUCCCGAUGAGGGCCUGCCCUUUACCCGCUCGGGCACCCGCGAGAGAUACGGACCCUGCUUCCUCUUAUCAACCGGGGAGUACGCGUGCCCACCUGGUGGAGGAAUGAGAAAGGAUCUUUGCAAAGAAAGCCCUGUCAUUGCUAAGUAUAUGCCGACAGAGGCUGUGAGAGUGACUUGACCAGGCGGCUUGGCCGAGGACACUGGUGGCUAUUAAGCAUCUGGGUGGACCUGCAGCCCCUCCUCACCCUCGGACAGAGUAAAUUCACGCCAUGCAGGUUUGCCGGACGAGUCCGAGUGGCCCGGGCAUUGUCCUAAGACGGACGUAGCUUUUUCUACGGCCAAUGGUAACUGACCGUAGAGGAUCGCCCUUCUUUCUUUUCUUUCUUUCUUUCUUUUUUUUUUUUUUAGAAGUUACCUUUUAUUUGGGGAGGGGGGGUGAAGGGGAGCCUUAGCAUGACUUGCAUGAAGUUAAACAGAAAACCCAGCUAAACCAAACCCAGCAGCCUCCACUGUGACUGUACGAUAACUCUCACCACCACCAAGAACGGCGAGAAAAGCAAGGGCUCAACUUUCUUUCAGUGCUCUUUAUUUUGACACACGGUGUCGGAGCCAAGCUGUGAUGGCACUCGGUAGAAGUCUGUACAUUGCUGGGAGUUGGGGGGCCAGGGAAGAAGGAUGGGGCUGGGGAAUGGAUUGCUUUUUGUACACAAGACCCAGAGGAAAGGUUUCAAAAAGGCAGUCAGUCAGUCAUCGGUCAUAUUGACCUCACCUUCGUAGCUCAUCUCUCACGUGGAACACAGAGAACUUUGCUCCGAAUGGGAUUGUGAGAACUCACACAGCCGCCCUCUUCCAUCUCUGUUUGGCAUGCUUCUGACCCAGCGGACGUCUCCCCAAGACCCCGACAGCGGCUAGUUUAGGCUGAUUCUCUCAUCCCAGUGUGUAGAUCCAGUGUGACCAAGUUUCAUAACGAAUUGUUCAUAGUUACACCAUAUGGAUUUUCCAAUGUCAUUUUAAAGCCAGGAUGUAGAGUACCUCCAGUUCAGGACCACCGGAGGGGUGCCUCCCCUCCACCUUUAUUAAGGCACAACCUGGCAUUGUAUGCAAUUUAGUACUUCAGAGUAAGAAACAAAAACAAAAAACUGCAUGCCCAAUGUUAUGCAAAGAGAUUCCAGCAUGAAAUAAAUUUUGUAACAUGGUUUCUGUCUAGUCUAAAGCAGAUUUGUUUUUCUGAAGCAAUCAGAGGUUUGCAGAGACGUGCUUCUGCAUCUCGAAUAAAUAUAGUAUUUUCCCAACAGAAACAGAGGACAGUAGCUUGGCUUUGGUCUGAUUCUAAAAUUAGUGUGUGUGGGGGGAAGGAUGAUAUUUUUGAAAAACACAUGCUUGAGUUGAAAAAAAAAAAUGCAACAUCCCGAGCUUCCACUGCACCAUUUCCUGGAAAGACAGCAACCUCCCCUCCCCGGGCCCUGGCCCUGGAAAUAAAAAAGCUGACUUCUGAGAUGAA